AUGGGAAUUAAACUCAGCCGUGAUCAUUCAACUUCAGCAAUCCACGACAACGAUCAUCACCAAGAUCUUGAAGACCAGAAGAUGAAGACGAAGAUUGGUGACGGUACGAGUCAAAAUCAAUCAAUCAACUUCAAGAUUCCACUUCAUUAUCCAAAGUAUACAAAGAGUGAUUAUGAGAAAAUGCCAGAGUGGCAAUUGGAUCAGCUUUUGAGAGAGUAUGGCUUGCCGAUCAUCGGAGACUCCAACGAGAAGAGGAAGUUUGUCAUCGGGGCUUUUCUCUGGUCGCCGGAGAAGGAUCACUAGAUGUUAUGAUCUGUGUAAGGCAUACUGUCCUUAUUAUAGUGUCUUACCCAAAAGAAACUUGUUAUAUAUGGUGAUUGUUUCUUUUUGUACUGGUUUAAAUAAAUGCUAACACAUGAUUGAAAAACAUCAUCUUAGAUGAAAA